AUGAGUGAUGAGGAAAAAGAUGUUACCCAGAGCGAGGAAGAAGAGGCCGACUUUUCGGCCAGCAAAGACGAAUGGUUACCUUCGAAGUCGUCCCGAAACCGCGGUAAGAAGCGUGGCAUCACCGUGGAUGGGAGUGAUUCCGAAGGCGACGGUGAUGAGGAUGAUUCCGAUCUAGAGGACUUCGAAGUGGGUUCAAAAAAGCGGAAUAAAAAGAAGUCGUCGUCCCGAAAAAGGUCAUCACGACAAACCAGUGGACAAGCCGGAAAAAAGAAACGUCUCUCACCCGGUUUGCGCGAUCGUCUCUAUCAGCAGUACAAAAAAGAUCUGCUCAAAGAGUUGCACCCCGCCAAGGCUCCUCUCAACAGCAGCGUGAUGGAAAUUUUACAGAAAUGUCAGUUCAAACGGAAACCAACGAUUGGCAGCAGCGAGAAAAAAUCUGCCGGCGCCGAAGACGAUUACGAUUCCUGUAGCAGUGGCGACGAUCAUCUAGUCGAUGCGGAAAAGCUAGACUUGCGAUCCACUUUCUUCAACAAAAAAGAAUCCAAACAAGCGAGCGGCAGCGGCCAGGCAGCGGCCGCAGCCACCGCCACGGCACCGUAUUUCGAUGUGAAUGCAGGUAUGCAACUGUCCGAUAGCGCCGAGGGUGAAGAUGAAGAAAUUGGUGAGGGUCCACUGCCAGCCUCGAUUCCGAAGCAGGCCGCUGAUAAGCUGAUCAGCCACAUUAACCAGCAGUCGUGUGAAUUUAUGAAUUUUAACAAUCUCGAUCAAUUUACGGCGAAGGUGGAAGAGGCGAAAAGGUUGCUGAGAAACUACCAACUGAGGGAAGCAUCGGAGAAACGGCAGAUGACGGAUGAGCUUACAUCUGCUUCCGAGCGGCACCAGGAGAGCAUUUCGAACCUUCUGGCCCAAGGUGAGAUGACUGACGGUAUCUCGCCGUCAAAGGUAACACAAUCCGGCGCUAGCACAGACUCCGAGUGGGAAGAGGUGGAAACUGGGGAAGCCGCAGAUGAGCGGAACGUUGAAAGCGAACAGAACCCGGGAAAGAACGAAGAAGGCGGCUGGCAGAUUACGAUUGAGCUUGAUAAUGCACAAAGCAGGAAAAAACGUAGGGAAGAGCUUGAAAUGGAACUGUACAUUAAGCGACAAAUUAAUAAGGUGAAGCGAGCGAAUCAAUUGAACUAUCACAAGGUUAGCGUGCUGUUGGCCAUCGCCAUUGGGCAACGGUUGAACCGUACCGCUGGCAGUGCCCGUGUCCGGGGUCUAUUGUUAUCAACCAUGCAUGAAAUAGACUGUUCGCUAAAGGCGAAGUGGAACACAGUGAGAGUAGAAAGGUUGGCCGAUCGGUUCUGUGAAGAAUUCACCUUACAGUCUUCCGAUAUGGUCGAACCAUGGACGGGAGUUGACACGCGUUUUGCGCUGUCACUAGCGAUUUACACGCGGAAGGUACAGUGUGGUCGGGACUUUAUACUACUGUUUCUGACAUAUCUACGCCUAGCGGGAGCACAAGCCCGUCUCGUAUUUUGCGCCACUGUACCAUCAAAGAGACCAGCGAUGAGCGAUCUUUGUCCCAUGUCCGAGAGACAGAUAAAAGAAAAAAUUGAAAAACGCGUAUCGGCUGGUACCGAAAAGGAGCAAGUUAAAACGGAAAACGGUUCGACGAUUAAAUCGACUUCGCCGAGAAUACCACCAAGUAAGAAAGAUAAAAAUGGCCAAAAGUCGUUCGACGAUGUGAAAGAAGAAGACGGUUCAAUUAAACCGACAAUGGAAAACUCGGCAGUACCGAAACGAUCGGCCCGUAAUGUUAAGAAAGCUGAAGAAAUUUCCCCUCCUCAGAAGCGAACCACCCGAAAGGCACUAGCAACUCUCAAUAUACCACAGCUUGACGGUGGGGAUGAUAUGCAGUGUGGAACGGGUCAGAUUAAAUCUCUACGGCGCUCGACACGCGCUAAAUCAGCAACGGAAGCAGCAUCUCGUGGAACAUCCCCAUUCGCCAAGCGAGAAUCCAACACAGCGAAAGCCUUUCCAGGAGCGAAAAGCAUUUCUACCGAUUUUGACGUAGCAAAGGUAUCAUCAACUCGUAAACCGAAAAGAAGCACUGCCACCGUGGCGAAAGCUAAGAAAUCGCCCAUCGGCAAGCGCAACAAGACGGGCGAACAAGGGGGACCAAAUAGCAAGAAGAUGGACCUUUGGAUUGAGUUUUACUGUGAACAGUCCAAACGAUGGAUCACCUACGACAUUGGAAGCGGAAAGAUGGAUUGCAUCGAUUAUAUUGUGCGAAACGCACCUAGCCCGAUUUCGUACGUAUUCGCCUGGAACCACGAGGGCCACGUGAAGGACGUGACCGCUCGGUACGUUCAAAAGUGGAACACUGCUUGUCGGAUGCUGCGUGUCGAACAGAGCUGGCUCGAUCGUGCCCUCGCAUCGUUAAUUGGACCCAAAACCGAACAGGAUCAGCUUGAGGACGUCGAGCUAAACAAAUUCGAUGCCAAUAAGCCAUUGCCAAAGACUAUCGGUGAGCUGAAAAACCACCCUCUGUACGCUCUGCGGCGCCAUCUGCUCAAAUUUGAAGCCAUUCAUCCACCGGAACCGCCAACGUUGGGGUUCAUCCGUGGCGAGGCCAUCUAUCCGCGUGAAUGCGUGCAUACGCUUCAGACACGAGAAAAGUGGUACAAGCAAGGGCGCGUCGUUCGCGCCUUCGAGACGGCAUACAAAGUGGUGAAGUGCUGGAAGUACGACCGACCGACCAACACGUGGCUGAAGGAUCAACCGUGUGACAUUUUCGGCCUAUGGCAGACGGACGAGUACGACCCCCCGACGGCGGAGAACGGUAUCGUGCCACGGAACGAGUAUGGCAACGUGGAACUCUUUACGGAGAAAAUGCUACCGAAGCGCACUGUGCACCUGAAAUUACCGGGAUUGAAUCGAGUUUGCAAACGCCUCCGGAUUGACUGCGCUCCAGCACUAACCGGAUUCGAUAUGGCAAAGAUGCGCAUGGUGCCUGUGUACGAUGGGUUCGUAGUGUGCGAGGAGUUUGCCGAAAAAGCGGUUGAAGAGUGGUACAAAGAGAUGGAGGAAGAGGAGCGGCGCGAACAGGAAAAGAAGGAAAAACGGGUAUACAGCAACUGGAAGCGUUUGAUUAAGGGGCUGCUGCUGCGCCAGAAGCUUCAGAACAAGUACAAUUUUGAUAACAUGGCAUAA